AUGGAUAGUGCUGAGUUACGUCGAAAACGUUUAAUUUCUGUAGCUGUAAAUACUAGUGACGAAUUCUUAAAAUCUAAUUUAAAUAUAAUGAAUGAUAGCGAGACAGACGAGGAAAUGGAUAUUAUUUUUCGGACAAAAUAUCAGCAUAGAUUGCGUGGGGCACGAAAGAAGCUAUUGCGUAUCAUAGAUUACGUAGACAGAACCAUUCCAGGUCUAAUAGCAAAGCAAUUUCGUGAACGUUUUCGCAUGAUUCCUGACACGUAUGAGAUUUUAGAAGCAAAAUUAAGUUUGUUACUGAUCAAGGAAAAUUAUUCGGGCAGACCUACCAUUCCUGUUCGCAAACAGUUGCUAUCUACAUUGUGGCUUCUCGCUACUCCUGACUCUUACAGAUCCGUAGGCGAACAAUUCGAUUUGGGAAAAUCAUCUGCAAGUGAUUCCUUUAUAAGAGUUGUUAAAGCUCUUAAUGACAUUGCUGGAGACGUCAUUGUUUGGCCCCGAGGAAACCAGCGUAUUACUGUUAAUGAGAAGUUUCAGCGCAUUGGGAAGUUACCACAUGUAAUAGGGGCUAUAGAUGGGACAAACGUACCAAUCAAAGCUCCAAAGGUGCUUGUCUAUACCAUAGGCCUAUAG